GAAAAAAGACUGAGAGGGUACCUUCUAUAUUUUCGACCCAAAAAAAUAGAUAUCUUCUCCUACUCGAAGUCGAUAGUUUCCCUCUCCUCCCCCUUCGAACACAAACGAAAACCCAUAAGAUUUGAAGUCCGAACAAUAAACCCGUGCUAAGCAAGAGAUUUAAAUUCGUCUCAAAUUUUCAACACAAAGACCAAAUUUGGGGUUUAGGGUUAUCCCUUUUUUCUAUGAAUGGAUCUUCUCCGAGCCUACUCUGAUCAAAACGACGAAGAAUUGAACGAGCCAGAGCAGCAAAACCAAAACCCUAGUUCAACAACAUCGUCCCCAGACGCUUCACCGCCUCGGCUCCUCCCCGCCAAGUCCGCCGCGCCCAAUGUCGACGACACGAUGCUGGCCCUGACGGUGGUUGAUGGCCAACGGUCUUUGAGUCGGCCAAUUGACCCGACCCAACACAUCGUCGGCUUCAACCCCACCUACGACCAACUAUGGGCCCCAAUCUACGGCCCAUCUCAUCCCUAUGCCAAGGACGGCAUCGCCCAGGGCAUGCGUAACCACAAGCUCGGCUUCGUUGAGGACGCCUCUAUUGAACCCUUCGUCUUCGAUGAGCAGUACAAUACUUUUCACAAGUAUGGCUACGCGGCCGACCCGUCAGCCUCUGCUGGGUAUAAUUACGUUGGUGAUUUUGAGGCCUUGCAGAAGAAUGAUGCCGUUUCGGUAUAUAACAUACCCCAGCACGAGCAGAAGAAGCGGAAGAUAGAAAAGAGGAAGGAAUUAGAGGAAGAUGAGGGUGUGGAUGACGAUAUGGACCCAGAGGAGGUCCAAAACCCGGCCAGUGAUGUGUGGUUGAUGAAGAAUAAGAAGAGCCCAUGGGCAGGCAAGAAGGACGGUCCGCCAACGGAGCUCACAGAGGAGCAGAAGAAGUAUGCCGAGGAGUAUGCGAAGAAGAAAGGUGAAGAGAGAGGUGGUGGUGAUAAGGGUGAGGUUGUGGUUGAAAAAACUACAUUUCAUGGGAAAGAAGAGAGGGAUUAUCAGGGUAGGUCUUGGAUUGCGCCCCCUAGAGAUGCUAAGGCAUCUAAUGAUCACUGUUAUAUUCCAAAGAGGUUGGUGCACACUUGGAGUGGACACACAAAGGGUGUAUCUGCUAUUAGAUUCUUCCCUAAUUACGGGCAUUUGAUUCUCUCUGCUGGGAUGGAUACCAAGGUGAAAAUUUGGGAUGUUUUCAAUACUGGUAAGUGUAUGAGAACUUACAUGGGUCAUUCCAAGGCAGUUCGGGAUAUAUGUUUCAAUAACGAUGGGAGUAAAUUUCUGACUGCUAGUUAUGAUAAGAAUAUUAAGUACUGGGAUACAGAAACCGGGCAAGUGAUAUCUACAUUCUCGACCGGGAAGGUUCCAUAUGUGGUCAAGCUUAACCCGGAUGAGGAUAAGCAGAAUGUGUUGUUAGCUGGGAUGAGUGAUAAGAAGAUUGUUCAGUGGGAUAUGAACGAGGGAAAGAUCAAUCAAGAGUAUGAUCAACAUUUGGGUGCUGUGAAUACGAUUACAUUUGUUGAUAAUAACCGGAGGUUUGUUACUUCCAGUGAUGACAAAUCGCUUCGAGUAUGGGAGUUUGGGAUCCCUGUGGUUAUUAAGUAUAUAAGUGAGCCUCACAUGCAUUCUAUGCCAUCAAUUUCACUGCAUCCCAAUUCAAAUUGGCUUGCAGCACAAAGUAUGGACAAUCAGAUUCUGAUUUAUAGCACUAGAGAGAAGUUUCAGCUGAAUAAGAAGAAGAGGUUUGCCGGGCAUGUUGUUGCUGGGUAUGCUUGCCAAGUCAAUUUCUCGCCAGAUGGACGGUUUGUUAUGUCGGGUGAUGGUGAAGGUCGAUGCUGGUUUUGGGAUUGGAAGACAUGCAAAGUCUUCAGAACUCUCAAAUGUCAUGAGGGGGUAUGCAUUGGGGCUGCGUGGCAUCCCUUGGAGCAGAGUAAAGUUGCAACAUGCGGCUGGGAUGGCUUGAUUAAGUAUUGGGACUAGCUACAUUUUAGUUCAGUUUGGACAAGGGUACUAUAAUUUGAUGCACCCUUUUCUGCUCGGUACGGUUAUGGCACCAUUAUCGUCUGAUGUUGGGGAUUUUGCUGGACACAAGGAUACUUCCAAGAUUGCAGGACAGACUCUACUUAUAUCUUUAUCUUACAAUCACCAAUAUCAUCCAGUUAUGCUGGAUAUGUACUUGUAACACAAGUUCUUGUUUUUUGUCGUUCUGUAAUUGUAUUUUUGAAGACUUUUAGAAGUUUAACAAGGGUAAUAUUUUUGCAAAAGUCUGGUGUACUUGGUAGUUCAGACUCAGAGAAAUUGACAGCUUCAUGGAUA